UGUGACAUACCCUAAUGGUAGUAAUGGAACUACCUUUAUCAGCUGUAAUAAAUUUCAUGGAAGUAUUCUACUGUGAAAAGUUCUUUUAGAUGAAAUGAUUCUAUGUUAUUUGGAAUAAUGAAUUACAUGCCUAUAAAAUAUAUAGUUUGGAUCUUAAUUUAUAUUUUCCUUCCUGGAAUACAAUGUCAAAGUCACGCUACUGUACAAAAUCUGUAUUCUCAUUUGUUAACAAACUACACCAAAAGGAUAAUGCCAUUAGCUGAUCAUUCUCAACAGCUAAAUGUUGGGGUAGACUUUUACUUAAAUUCUUUCGUAUCCAUCAGUGAAGUUGACGAAACCAUUUCCAUCAUGGGAUGUGUGUUACUAAAUUGGACUGACCCAUCGCUCCAGUGGGACUUUUUGUCUUUUGACAACUUGUAUGUUAUAGUAAUAGACCCAUCUGACAUCUGGACACCACAAAUGUUUCUUGCAAAUGUGGUAGAUGAUAUGGAACCUAUUGGACAUGGAGUUACGUUUUAUUCUACUCUACUUUACACUGGAGAGGUUUACUAUAGCCCAGGAGGAAUAAUGAAGGCGAAGUGUCCUACUAAUGUUGCAAAAUUUCCUUUCGACACACAGGAAUGUAAUUUAUUUUUUUUCAACUGGGGAAUAAUAGAAUCUAAGUUAACAUUGUCCGCUUUGCCUGACCAAGCGAGGUUAGACUGGUAUACUCCGAAUUCGGAUUGGACCCUUUUAGAAUAUUCAACAUUUGUAGAGUCAUACAACGAUUAUAGCAGGUUCAACGUAAAUAUAAAAAUCAAGCGUAAGCCUUUGUAUUACGCCGUGAUGAUGAUUUUACCAACUCUGCUAUUUGCUCUCUUGAAUCCCUUGGUGUUCGUUAUUCCAGUGGAAUCAGGUGAACGUGUUUCUUUAGCAAUGACAAUAUUACUUUCCUAUGCCAUAUUUUUAACUUUAGUGUCCGCCUCUAUUCCAACAUCUUCCAAUCCAAUGUGCGUACUUUUAGCUGUCAUGAUAACAAUAAUUUCACUUAGUGGUUUUAUUGUCGCCAGUGUCAUAGUUAUUUCUAAAUAUUAUUUUGCGGAAACAACAGUGGAAUUCAAUUCACCACUGAAGAGAUUGGCAAAAUGGAGGUUGAAGAAAAAACGAAAUGUUGUAUUACCGAUGGAUGAUCACAAGAAACAGAUUGAUGGAAUAGAUAUAAAAAUAUCGGAAGUCAACACCGAGUGGGAUACCAUGGCGAGAAGGAGAAGAGAAUAUUUUUGGAUCCACCAACUCCACACUUUAGAACCUGAUGGUCUUAACGAAAAAGAUGAGAAAACAUACAGGAAAGAUAAAGAAUAAUUUAGUACACAGCAUCGUCCUUUUUAUCCUGUAAUAUUGGCCAAUGGACGUUGCUAACUUCAACUACCAAUUUUGUAAAAAUCUUGAACUUCAUCCAAAUUAUGUAUUAUUUUCAAGGCAGCUAAAUUCAAUCGCAACAUAUACAUUGAGCAUUUCACCUGGAUAGAUCCACGCUUGAUAAAGCUAGUUAGUCUAGCGAAAUAUUGCGUUUAUUUUCAUCAUUUUGUAAAUAUUUUAAACAUUCUUAUAUUUACAUACUAAAUAGUGUGUUAAAAUUACAUUGUUAGGCAAUCUAUAUAUAUAUAUAUAUAUAUAUCAAAUUGCAA